AUGCAACAGAACGUCCUCCCUCUGCCUCACGAGCCGACCUCGCCCCCAGGCGAGAGCACCCCAUCACCAUCGAUCAUGCGACUCCGCGACGCGUCGCUCGUCAAAACCGCGGCCAAGCGUAUCAACGCCGAGCCUAUCGCCCUCCCCUCCGCCAAUCCGUGGAAGUCUCCGAGAGCGACCUCGCCUGUGGACAAUGGGGGCAAGAGCUACGCGGACGUCGUAGCGACUGCGGCUAACACGCCGCCGCGCGAAACGACUCCGACCCUAGAACCGGCUACGCCCACCCAGCAACCACAAUCGCCCGUGGUGAAGACGGAGCAGGACGAGAACAUCAUCCUGCAGGUCACAACCGUCGAGCCUCUCGUGCUAACUGACAAGGACGGCGAUGACACCGAGGCUCAAGAAAUGAACGAACCCCUUGACCCUGACGUGAGCCGCACUCGCUCGGGCAAGGUAAUUUCUUCCUCGAAGUCGAAGGCCAAGAAGACGAAAGCAAAGAAGAACGUAAAGAAGACGGAGGACGUCCUAGCCCUCGGCGAAGGCCUCCCCACGUCUCUUCAACACCAGGUCGAGACGCCAAUUCAGCAGGCCACGGGACCUUCUCGCAUCGUCAGCGAGUCUCGCAAACGCCGCCGAGUCACCACGGACAUCGACGAUGGAGAGUCCAACACCACUGUGAACCGCACCCAAGACGCCCCUGUCGUCCCACCGCUCACGCCCGCGAAGAUCACCGUCCGACGCUCCUCGCCUCUAUCUUACCUCGACGACACCCCUCCGAAGGACCGUCACGACCCCCCCGCGAUCACCACCUCUGAUCUCGAAACGUCAGACAUCGAAAUGAUAGACCUGGACGACGAAGCUGUGAACCGCACGCUCCACCGCCCCAACAGACCCCCAGCGAACCUCUACGCCCACCACGUCACGGGAACCACCGGUCCUAACGCGAGCUCCUCUUCCAAACGAGAAGGAAAGCGUCCCGCUCGUCACGAAGACUUCGACGGGAUUACCUCUCAAACAGGGCCAGCUUCUGGAGGACCACCGCACACGCAUUAUAGCUCGGCAAGCCACAACCGCGCGGCCCAAGGAGACCCAGAGGCCCCUCUUCUCUAUAUGCACGAACGCGGACCACAGCUCGACCAUAACCGCCCGCCCACACACCCUCGACCAGUGCACUACGCCCCCGGGCCCUUCCCUCUCCUCCCCGAUGAGCAGGCGCAGGCGAUGGCGCCCCUACCGACUCUACCUCAGCCGAUGGCCCUUACCCGCCCGCCGCCCGAUGGCCACGUCCAGAUUCAAGGGAACGACCCGUACUUCUUCCUCCAUAAUAUCCUCGUAUCUCAACGAAGCUCCUGGUCCACUCUCAAGGACAUCUUCCUCUUCAUUCAAUUCCCCGGUCGCGGCGCGCAGGACAGCGGUAACCACGCGCGAAUGAGUUCUGCGGAGACGGUCCUGACAAAGUACCUUGAUAUCUACGGGUCCUCCUUGAUCCAGCCUCUCCCGGAGACCACGCAAACCAAGCCGAACGAACCUCCCCACUGGUAUCGUCUCGGCAACCUCACUCAGCAGGGCCGUGACAAACUCAUCAAGCGAGUCUGGUGGUCUGCGCCGGAGGGAACCUUCAGCGUUAUCGACCCCGAUGGCAGACCUCCAACUUACAUCGGCACCUGGCGGGACGCGCACCGUCUUGGAUCCACCUCAGAAGCUGGAAUGGCCAUUGGCUUCCGAGCGACGCUAUGCGACGACCAGGCGGCCCACUUCAUCAAGUCGAUCCUGGUCGACGAGUACCGUAGAGGACGUCUAGGGCCCCGUCAACGAACAGACGACACCUUCGACGAGAUCAUCCGAUCCGUCAGGGUGAGGAAGUUUAUGUGGAAGGGUCCACGAAACGGUGAGGAAGAACCGGUCGCUUCGCUCUACAUAGACUCCCCUACACGAGACGCGGCUGAGUGGGCGGUCUUCAAGACCUACCUGCGUCAACUAACGUACGGAGGCGCUCACGCUGGUCCACCAGAACUCAUCGUCGACGCUUUCUUCUGCGCCUAUUGCCACAGCAUCGAUCACCCUACCUACGCGUGCACGGUCCCACUGACUCCUGGAUGGCAUGGCCCUUCCCUGGAGGCGGCUCGGGAGUCCAUCACGAACGAACGUCGCGGCAUGGAGGCCGGUAAUGGCAGAGGUCGCGGGAGAGGUGGUCGUGGACGGGGAGGCCGAGGACGCGGCCGCGGUGGCCCUCGCGGUCGCGGAGGAGUCUAG